CGGAGACGAGUUCGUGGUGAGUUCAAUAGUCCGCCGGGGGAGGACGGGACGAGAAGCUGGGGGGAAAAGGUCGACCGACACACAUACAGAUGCGUGCUCGGUGCUCGCUCGGGGAACCCCAAGCACUCUCGCAACGAAAGACACGCGCGUCGGAGCGAAGGGGGCCAUCAUAUCUAUCUCGAGACGUUCGCCCACUGCUGCUCCCCACCCACCGGGCGAUGAUGUCACGGAUGCCCCCCGAGACACGCCGGCAAGGCAAGCUUUGACUCGGGGAGAGCUAAAGAUUGAAAGCACCUGACUUUCACCCGCAUGCCUACGUACUGUACUGUACUGCAAAAAAAAUAACACGUGGGCCAACGACACGCACACGGACCUGCCCGUCCGUGUGAAUAGGAAAAAAGUAGUGCACACGAGUGAGCGACAAGGUGCUUUUCCCGGGUGGCUGCGCCGUGGUGCUCCCGACUCCCGCGCGUCCUUGACGCCUGUGAUCCAUUUUCCACAAAUAAAGUCUCGCGACGGCAUCGGCACUUCUUUGCCCGGCACCCCUGCUCUUUUCCCCCCCCCCCCGCAAAAAGCCCCCCCCCCCCCCCGGUCCUCAAUAUCAGCCCGUGUCUCUCUCACUUGCUGGUUGCCUCUCUUUCUUUCUCUUCUCCCGCUCUCUCUCGCUGGCUUUGCAACUGCCGGGCUAGUAUAUCUGUUUUCAACCACGCCGCGACGAUCGUCAGCCAUCCUCGCCGUCUCCCCAACUCCAACUUCAAACCUCACCCCCCCCGAGCGACUCCAUCACCAACCGAGCCAGCUUGAGUGAGCGCCUCUCCCCCUCGGCACCAUGCCGCCGCGCUUCUCUCGAGUAUGGCGGCCCCUCGCCGCGGCCACCGUCGUCGCCGCUGGCGGUGGCAUUGUCUACAGCCGCGCCAACGCCCAUCGCUCCCACGAUAAGCCCCUCGUCGAGCUUCGCCGCGACGCCUCGGGCCGCAUCGUUCCUCCCAAGUUCCAGGACAUAAAGUCCCGCGCCGAGCAGCUUGCCGACCUGAGACGCAACGGCGCCAGCCAGGACACCGAGUACGACCUGCUGGUCAUCGGCGGCGGCGCCACUGGCACCGGCAUCGCCCUCGAUGCCGUCACCCGCGGCCUCAAGGUCGCCCUCGUCGAGCGCGACGACUUCUCCGCAGGCACCAGCUCCAAGAGCACCAAGCUCGUCCACGGUGGCGUCCGCUACCUCGAAAAGGCCAUCUGGAACCUCGACUACCCCCAGCUGCAGCUCGUCAUCGAGGCCCUGCGCGAGCGCAAGGGCUUCCUCGACAUCGCCCCCCACCUGUCCAGCUCCCUGCCCAUCCUGCUGCCCCUCCAGCGCUGGUGGCAGGCCCCGUACAUGUGGAUCGGAUGCAAGACGUACGACCUGCUCGCGGGGUCCCAGGGUCUGGAAAGUUCCUACUUUGUGAGCCGGGCCAAGGCUCUCAGCUCGUUUCCCUUGCUGCGCAAGGAUAAUCUCGUCGGUGCCCUCGUGUACUACGACGGCCAGCACAACGACUCCCGAAUGAACGUCUCUCUCGCCCUCACUGCUUCUCUCUACGGCGCCACCGUGCUCAACCACGUCGAGGUUACCUCGUUGGAAAAGGACGCCAACGGCAAGAUCUGCGGCGCUAAGGUCCGCGAUCUGAUGGCUGGCGACGAUGCCGCCAAGGAGGACUUUGCCGUGCGCGCCAAGGGUGUCAUCAACGCUACCGGACCCUUCACCGACGCCAUCGAGCGCAUGGACGACCCUAACCGCCCGCCGAUCGUUGCUCCGGCCUCUGGCGCGCACAUCAUGCUUCCCGGAAAGCUCUGUCCCAAGGGCAUGGGCAUGCUUGAUGCCGCCACCUCGGACGGUCGUGUUGUGUUUGUUCUGCCUUGGCAGGGCAUGACGGUUGCCGGAACUACGGACAAUGCUUGUCCGGUCGAGCGGGAGCCUGUGGCUCGCGAGGAUGAUGUUGCCUUCAUCCUGAAGGAAGUCAGCAAGCUCCUGGAGCCCAAGUCCGUCCUUACCCGCGAUGAUGUUCUGGCCACCUGGUCUGGCAUUCGACCUCUCGUCAAGGACCCCAAGGCUGGCAACACCGAGUCUCUGGUUCGCAGCCAUCUCGUCACCGUCUCCGACUCUGGCCUCCUCACCUGCGCCGGCGGCAAGUGGACCACGUACCGCCAGAUGGCCGAGGACGCCGUCGAUGAAGCCAUCAAGACGUUCAACCUGACCCCCAAGCACAUCACCCUCCCCGACAUCACCGGCGCCGGCCUCCCCGGCUUCACCACCAACGGCGCCUGCGUUACCCGAAUCACCCCCGUCCUUGGCUCCCACGGUUACUCGACGCAGCUGCCCUCGCAGCUCACCCAGGUCUACGGCGUCGACGCCGACAUCGCCCACCACCUCGCGACCAACUACGGCGACCGCGCCUGGUCAGUCCUCGGCAGCGCGCCCGACGCCAUCGUGCGCCUGGCGCCGUCCUUCCCCUUCAUCGAGGCCGAGAUCCGCCACGGCGUCCGCAGCGAGGCCGCCUGCACUGCCGCCGACGUCAUCUCGCGCCGCACCCGCCUCGCCUUCCUCGACGUCGACAGCGCGCUCAAGGCCCUGCCCCGCGUCAUCGACGUCAUGACCGAGGAGCUGAGCUGGAGCGAGGCCCGCAGGGAGCAGGAGUGGACCGAGACGGUGCACUUUUUGCGGAGCAUGGGUCUCGAGGAGGCGCGCAUGGCGGUCACCCGGGACGAGGUCCUGAGCGGUGACGCCAAGGCACAGAGAACAAGGCGCGAUGACGGCGCCGCCAAGGGCGUCAAGGUCGGCGGUGGCCGCGAACUGGAGGCCCCUGGCGCGCUGGCCUCGGGUGCUUAGAAGGCGGUGCGAGUUGAGUGACCUCUGGGGUUUGGCGUGAUGGCCCCCCCUUUUCGUUUUUGCUUUUCCUCUAGGUGUACGGAGUUGGGCUGGGGGAAACACGUUAUAGUAUUGCAUAGCAUUGCCUGUGCCCAGUCUGCGGACUGCUGAAUCUUUUUACUUUUUCUUUGGGUUCUUUCCCGGCUGCUGGAUAUGUAGAAGACAUAGACUGCCAGACAUGAACAAAACUUCAACAAGGACGC